UUACUGUCCAGUCCGAAUCCUACAAUUUUUCAAGCAGCUGUUCUUGUUGUGUUGAUUUCAAGUCCAAAACCUGGAAAAUGAUAAAUAAACAAGGGGAAAAUGGCCGAACCAUGAUCUCAAAUCAUUCAACCAGAUGGCAUUCUGCAAGCUUAUUAGGCAGAGCAUACUGAACAACUUGUCAUCAACUGGACCACGUCCUGUGACACAUUUACUGAAUGCCACUAGGGGUUUUUCUUCAUCUUCAAAACUCUUCAUUGGAGGUCUUUCCUUUAAUACCGACGACAAAACACUGAAGGAAGCAUUUAGCAGCUUUGGUAAUGUGCUUGAAGCACGAGUUAUCACAGACCGAGAGAGUGGAAGAUCUAGGGGUUUUGGGUUUGUGCUUUUUGAAAGUAAUGAAGAUGCCAAUGAAGCCAUGUCCAGCAUGGAUGGUCAGGAACUGAAUGGGAGAGCUAUUCGUGUAAGCUAUGCCAGUGAUGAUCGAAGGCAACCGCGUUUCAGUGGAGGUGGUGGUCAUGGCAACACUGGGUUUUGAAGGAUUGGGAAUACCAGAGUUUCACAAAGAAUAUUUGUGCAUUCUCUUCAUGUGCCCAAUGCAUUGCUUUCAAAUAUAGUCUAGUAACUAAUUGUUGGAUAUUCUAUUGCUGAUGAGAGUUUCUAUAGUUUAUCUUGUCUGUCUAGUAGUGUUUGCAUUACAGGAAAACACUGAAUAUGACUGCUUAUUAAUAUCUUUUCAUGUUUAUGUUACCUAA